CUGCGGAGUUCCUUUCGUUCGCGGAACGCCCCGUGUUCCCCUUCACACUUCAAACGCGCUUUCCGCUCUCGCAUCAAGUUAUCGUCUGCAACCAACAAAAAAAAAAUAUCGUCUGCAAUAAAAAAACUAUGAUCGUCUGCGGGAAUGAGCCACGUCGUGACAUCGACCUUAAUCAGCUGCCCCUUGUGCAGUCUGACCGAUCAGAAGAAGCAACGCCAGAGCGGCUUCGGCAGCGGCUGGAGAUGGGGGGCAACAAAGACGGGAGCCAGUUGGCCGAUGGGCAGCGGUUCGCAGUCCUCAGUUAUGAGCAGGUGAGCAAGCUGGACGCGGUCAUGGAAGAAGUGAUGCCCAUCCAUGGGCGGGGCAACUUCCCAACCCUGGAGGUGCGAUUGAAAGAUCUUGUCCGAGUAGUCCGGGGAAAACUGGAAAGCGAACAGUCCGUUCAAGUCCGAGAUAUCCGGCUCAACGGGGGUGCAGCGAGUCAUGUUCUGGCCCCAGAAGCGUCGACUUAUAACGACCUUGAUCUCAUCUUUGCGGUGGACCUCUCGAACCAGCGCAACUUCGAUAGGGUAAAGACUGCUGUUCUGGACUCCUUGCUGGACUUCCUGCCGGAAGGAGUGGUCAAGAAGCGUAUCAGCACUUGCAGUCUGAAAGAAGCCUACGUCCACAAAAUGGUCAAGGUGACGAACGGCGAUCGGUGGAGUUUGAUCAGCUUGAGCAACAACCGAGGCCGAAAUAUCGAGUUGAAAUUCGUCGACACGAUGCGUCGACAGUUCGAAUUCAGCGUCGACUCUUUCCAAAUCAUCCUCGACUCCCUACUUCUCUUCUAUGGCUGCUCCCAGAUGGCCAUGAGUGAGAACUUUUACCCCACUGUAGUAGCAGAAUCUGUUUAUGGAGACUUCCAAGAAGCACUCUACCACUUGCACAAAAAGCUAAUAGCUACCCGAAACCCUGAAGAAAUCCGUGGGGGUGGUCUGCUCAAGUAUUGCAACCUUCUGGUGAGGGAUUACAAGCCUGCCAGGCCAGAGAAGAUAAAGCACCUGGAGAGGUAUAUGUGCUCGCGGUUCUUUAUCGACUUUGGCGACAUCAACCAGCAAAGAGCCAAACUCGAGAGUUACCUGGCCAACCAUUUCAUGGGUGAGGAACAGAACAAAUACGAAUACCUCUUGGUCCUACAUCGUGUGGUCGACGAGAGCACGGUAUGUUUAAUGGGCCACGAACGCCGGCAGUCGCUGGCGCUGAUAGAAGAACUAGCGUGUCGCACCUACUACUUUGAACAUCAAGCAAAAGACUUGUUCCAGCCUCAUCCGCACAUUGUCUUCGGUGGUGGAUUCUUCUUCACUCCCUACGCACCUUACCCAUGCUCCUGCUCAUGGAUGCCUUGCACAUGACCAAGUUGCGGUUCACGCUCUCCGUGCCAACUAUCCGGGACAUUUUAAAACCUUUUUUUGUUUUCUUCUGCUGAAGCGCUAAGGAAGAUAUUGUAAAAAAACAAAAAACCAACAAAAAAAAGAAACACACACAAAAAAAACGAAAAAUCUCUUCCCGGUUUGUGUUCCGUCGUGAUUUAUUUUUUAUUUCCUAAGUUGUUGUAUUUAAUUUUUUUUUUUCCUUUCUUUCUUACACUCGGUCCGGGCGGCACCUUCUUAUACAAUGCAUUCUGCGACUCUCUAAAUUAAAAUAAAUGAAAUCUUAUAUGUAAAGUCGGACGCCGUGUAAAAAAAAAUUAAAUGAAAUCUUAUAUCCGAAGUCGGACGCCGUGCUUACUCAAAACUAGAUAAAUCAACUCGCCGCCAUGGAGGUGGGGAUCAAAGAAUGAUAUCCAUCUAAGCAUCUUCUGGAUCGUGGAAUUGAUUAUAUGAUGGUUUAUUUUUUUUAAAACACUCAACUCUGGAAAUGUCAUCCUCACAAACGAAAGGUUCCACGACCACUUGUGAAUUUCCGUCCUGGCGGCUUGUGAACGAAACUUUAUCUGCGCACAAUUGUCAUCUGUGUAAAGGAGGGGGCUCUAGAUUACCCAACUACUUGUUAUAUUCUGUUCGAAGUGGCGCGAAAAAAAUCGAGCAUCAUCAAUGCCAGUUUUUCGGCAAGAAUGAAAUGGAGCACCCCGAGUCCUUUCUCUGAAGAAAAUAGACAUACGUUUACUGCAAAUAUGUUCUAAAAUCGCUUCGUGUGUGUAAAACAAGUUCUCUACCCCAACUCAGUAGCGUCUGACGGGCCAAUUCUUUUUUUGAUUUGUCUAGUGUCAAAUGGACUCACUGUCUAGUCACACUUCUAGAUCUGUUACUGUGGCGUGGAGAGUCGCUAUAAGGACCGCGUCGAAAACCGGGCACGAAGCUUUAGAAUUUGAUUUUGUAGUGUCAACGAAAAUGUCUUGACUUAACAUUUUGGAUAAAAUGUUACAAAAAAAAAUGAAUGUGUUAAAUUAUAUUUGGAAUUCUUUUUUGAAUUUAGUGUCUGUGAUUAUAUUGUGUAUUGCUUAGGAUAGUAUAGCAUGAAUUUAUGUUAAGGAAUUUGUUUUCUUUUUUUAUUAUGUAUAUACUAGCGUUUGUGUUGGUAUGCUACCCUCUAUACUACUUUCUUCGAGUUUUUUUAUGUAAUAUAGUAUGUUCCAAUUUAGUAAUCCGAAGUUAUAUAAUAAUUGGUGCUAGUUAGCUAAAUUAUUUUUUAAAUUUAAUGUUGGGUCUUUAAUUUUAUAAAACGAUUUAAGACACUCUUUAUUUUUGUUAGUAAUUAGAUCCGGGUAACUCUUCAUCUAGGCCUGCCUAUAUGUACAUGACCUUUAGGAAGAAUACCUGAAAAUAUCUCAGUGUAUUGUAACUGUGCAUUUGUAAUAACUCUAACACCAAUCCCAGGAAAUGCCAAACGACUUUGAAAGAAAGAGUUAAAGAAAAAGUACCCGGUUACAAGCGGCCUUAAGCGUUCAAAACUUUUUAUUUUUCGUUAUUCACUGUUCUAUUUCAUUCAUUUUUCCAAAAGUGAUUGUAUCUUUACUGACCUUGCCUUAACCAAUCGUUCGCUAAGGCCUCUCACCAAGUGACCCUCAACUGGUAACGAUUUAGAACUAAUCAUCAGCAGGUUAAAAUUGAUACUCAUUUUGCAUCAAUUCUUGAUGGCCAUUUUUGAUUUUUUUUUUUUUUUUUUUUUUUAGAUUGAUGGCCACGAGGCAUAAUAUCAUAGUACUCCACAUUAAAACAUCGAAGCGACAUGCUUCUCUAGUUAAAGUCUGCAUAUCAUGAGAUGGACGGGCCAAUACGAUAGUUAUCGUUAUUAUAUUUAAAAGAAAAAUGGGAGAAAUCCACCCCUCUUUUUGUUUUCAGUCGAAAAUUCUAACGUAGCCGGGAGGGUCACCCAGACGGGGGUAUGUGACACGAUUUGUUUCCCCUGUAGGUUUAAAAAACAUCGGGGUAAUAACAGUUGUGAUAAGUCCAAAAUGCAAACAUUCCUUAUAAAGAAAAAUGAUUCACUUAACCUUUUUUUUGAUGUAAAUACUGUUUGUAAAGAAAAGAGUAUAAUUGAAAUGUUGAAUUAGAGAGAAAUAAAGUAUUCAAACUCUCCA